AUGAUUGCUAAUUCAAUUAUUUUAUACAUUGCAGUUAAGUAUAAGAUAGUUUUAAAAAAUUUUGCUAAUUUUGCAAUAACUCAAAUUUGUUCAGCAAGUUUAAUAUUUUGUACUGCUACAACAAUUAAAGUUGUAGAUGAUUUAUUUCCAUUUGUAAAUGAAAUAAAUAAUAGAAAUGAUUUAUGUAAAUGUUUACCUAUUUUAAUGGCAUAUUAUUUUGGAUAUCAAGUAAGAGAUUCAACUGCAAUAUUUAUUCAAUUAAACAAACUUAUAGCAUUAAAAUGGCCUAUAUUUUUUAGGAGAAGUCGUUUAAUGGGAAAAAUUUUACCAACAACAAUAUUAACAGUUUUAUAUGCUUUGGGUACAAUAGGAUUAUUAUUGUCAUACUAUGAUAAAAUGUCAAUUCCAAAUAUAUGUGAGUCACCUACAAUUUUUGGGACGACUCGUAUAAUAAUUGUUAAUUCUUUGGGUAUAAUUGUAUCAUUAGUAACAAUUUGUAUUAAAAUUAUAUGUUUCAUUUUAUCAAAAAAAUUACAAGGUUCAAAUAAAAGAAUAAAAAUUGUUCCAACAAUUACAAUAAAUAGUGCACCUCAUACAUCUAAAAUUGUAAGAUCAAAAACUUUUACGGAUACAGUAGCAAAAGCAAUGUUUUUUGACUUUUUAAAUUAUAUUUUUUUAUGGACAUUACCGCAAUUAAUUUAUCUAUUUUUAUAUAUAUUUGAUGCACCUUCUAAUAUUAUUAUUUUAUCAAACGAUAUUCAAACACAUUGCUUAUUUCUAAAUUCUAUAUUAAAUGCAAUCAUAUUUGUUUUAACGAUCUCUGAAUGGCGGAAAUUAUUCAUUCAUGAAUUAAUAAAAAGCAAAAUUUUCAAUGUCUGUUUAAAACACUAA